AUGAAAAGUUCGGCGAAUAACUUUAUCAAAAUGGCCCUUCCAGUAAACUUAGACGAGAACAUCGUCUGUAUCGCAACUUCUCGAUAUUUCUCAUGCUGCUCAAAUUUGUACGUGUUUACUAAUCCUACCAAUAGUUUAUUAAAAGGUGACGCUUUUUCUUGGGGUCUCGCGAAGGAUCAUAGACUUGGAAUAGGAGAAACCAAAAGCAAGAUAGUUUACAAACCAACACCGAUUGCAAACACUAAUAUGAUUGGGGACUUGAUGGACAAGUUUGAACUUGACUCUUAUAAACACACUUCAAUGAGUGGAUAUGAGAAGAUUUUGAAUUAUUUCCUAGAUGAACUUCAUUACUCAAGUGACCCUCAUAGCAUUAACUGGCGAAACCUUCAAAUUAUACUGCAAAAUGAAGAAAAAAUAACCAGUGAAUCAUCCAUUAAAAUAUUCGAGGAGGAUCUCGUGAAGUGUUUGAAGACUCAUGUGGACUUUAUUUUGAAUAUGAAUGAGAGUUAUGGUAGAGUAAGGGCUCUUCAAUUUAAACUCAUGUCGAUGGUCAGAAGCUUUUGCUCAUCUUUAAAGGGACAAAAAGAACUAACUAAUUUGAAACCGAUUAAGGAAUCCUUUGGACCCUUCAAGACGAAACUCACUCAAAUCGAAAAACUCAUUGAAAUACUCUUCCUACAACCAGCUUAUUUCGUCAGAUUAUCAAUGUUCUCAAAAGAUUUAGACCUUGUUUCAAACAUCAUACAUCAUGUUUACGGAGACAUUCAAGUUCCAAGAAUUCAUAAUCAGUACUUUGCUCUUUUGAGGUCUUUGUUGAGGGAAGAGACUUCAUUGUUCUUUAAGCCUUCAAACCCACUUAACGCCCUAUUCUCACCAUUUUCAAGGAUACUAAGGACCUACGCAAUGAACAAAUAUUUCCUAGUAGAAAACGCUCAUUUGUUUCUAUCCAAAACUGAUCAACAAUCAGUUGUAUCGCAUUUGUUAACUUAUUCUAGUCCAAUUCUAAUUCCCGAGGAAGGAUUUGGUAUUUCAACUAAUCCUAAGGAACAUAAAAAGUAUAAGGAAGGAAUGUCUAAGUUCGGAUCAUUUAUAGUGUAUUUGGCAACUGUGUUGUCGAAGCUGAAUUUGCACAACAAUAUCAAGGUUCUUUUUACCCAAAUGCAUAAUUUGGUGAGGGAAAAAAUACCGGUAGAAUGGGCCUCACCCUCAGUCCCACUCGAAUACCUCGCAAUCUUCCCCUUAAUACCAGUCUUCGUUUUCGCCAUAAUACAACCCUUCUUCACUGAUCCCAAACUCAUUUCUCAAAUGUGUGGAAUUGGUGAGAUAGAUGAUGAGGCUUUGUUAAAGAAUAUGACAGUCAUUUCUAGGUACUUUGACUACAUAGUAAAUCCAGAACUGAAGAUGCCACCAAUGCCGUCAGCCUUGACCUCGCUUGCACAGACGAUGUAUAGUAACCUUUCAAGGCUUUUUCUUGAGUAUUUGAGGUCAAUUCUGCACAUUGAAGAUAAUUUCUACACAGAGAUGACUAUGCAGAUUUUCAAGAGUCACUUUGAUCUUGAUUAUAUUAAUUUAAAUAUUCCCUCAGAUACUGUUGCAAAACUGGUGAAUUUGUGCCAUUCCUCAAGCCAUUAUCUGAAUUUGUCUGCCCACGAUCCCCUUAUAAAGGUUAUUUCAAACAUUUCAGGAUCUAAGAAUUUGUCCUCAAAUGACCAUAUUUAUCCUACUGAUUUUAUCGAAAAGCUUUCAAGAAGUAACCUUUCGAUCAAUAUUAAGGUGGAUCAUAGGUUUAUGGCUCAUGACAGAAACAUGUCAUUUUGCACCUUUUCAAACACUUUUGUGCCUCAGAAACUUGCAUACAGACAGAGCACCUACUCUGAGGACUGCGUAAAGUUCAUUUCACUGAUCGUUCGGUAUCUUCCUUUUGGGAAAUAUGACCCUUGCAAAAUUUUUCAGGAUGCUUUAGUUGAACUUGAUGAUUUGAGGAUCCAGUAUGGUACUUAUGAGGAUUUGGCUGAUGAGAUGUUCGUCAAAUCAAAGUACUUUUCAAGUCUUAGAUCACCUGAUUUUAAGCGUGCCGGGAUUGCUAAGGAGAUUUUUGAGACAGUUCAGAAGCUUAGGAGUAAUGACAUAACUCCGACUUUGCUUGCUAAGACGAUUUUGAAGAAGUCGCUUGACCGAAUUAGGCACAGAAAAUAUUUGCUCAACAUUUAUCAGCGCCAAAACGAGAUAGAACAGUGCAGGAGAAACUUCGAAUCCUACGUCUCUUAUAAUAUUCAAUACCUCAAUUCCUGUAUUAAUUCUCUCCUUUAUGGACAUAUCGAUCCUUCUAUUAAAAGGGCCGCCAUAAAGUACAAUGUUAACUUAUUUUCUUUGAACUCUAAAAAAACAAUUGAAGGUAAGAAGAUUGUUGAUGAUAAGAGGGGUGUGGCAUCUUUUAAGGAACAUUCAUGCCUUGAACUGUACAGAAAUGGUACUCUCGUACCCGAUGAGUCGGUGACUACUCGCAUGUUUAACAGACUAGUUAUGAUUUUUUCAGCCAGUAUUGAUAGCGGUUGUUACAUUACCCUUAGUGGAAUUGACCCUUCUUCAGAACAGCAGGAACACGAGUUUCUGAGUUUCGACCUUCUUCAAAAGUUCGUCGACUCCUCCAACUGUGGGUAUCAUCAGAUCUUCACAAACCCCUCAUAUCCCUUUGGGAUGUUCGUCAUCAAAGUUUCUUUUCUUGUUGACACCUUCAUGACACUAGUUAAAAAUUAUUAA